UGUGGGCCCUGAAGCCCAGUUGGAAGGGAUAGACCUUACCGAGAAUGGACUUCAUGCUAACAAAGCCUUUGGCCCUAACUGAAAUGAGAUUUUAUUUUGCGGGUUGUGCGUAAUACGCACAUCUGCGUAGCAUAGCAAGUCAUCUUCGGGGUACUUUGGUCACGUGCAUGUCAGAAUGUGCAUGUGACUUGCCACGUGGAUCUUCGAUUAGUUAAGAUCUUAUCACAGAGACUUAACUAACUGCUUCCUUCGGUUACUAAUUAACUAUUGUAAUUAGUAUGAUUAACUGAAUUAAUUAAUUAUGCUUAAGAGACAUAAUUAUGAAUCUUAUUGAGAGCCCUCUUACCUCUACAAACACCCAUUAGAAUUCACAGUGAAGUCAAAAGCCAUUAGAGACAUUCAAAGGGAAGGAGAUGAAUAUGGAUUUGAAAUGAGAAUUGAGACUGAAAGUGAUUACAAAUAGAUGAUCAUCCAUUCCAGUUGAGUUUGAUUGGGAUCUGAAACUCAGUUAUGGUGCUUAUUGCAGAGGAGUUUUUAAAGUCAUGAUUGGAUCCACUUUCCACAAGGACCGUUACGAGGAUCGAGAGGGCAGUUAUGGGGCGGGGACCUAAAGUUCCCUAAAUUGCCGGGAAAAUUUGCCAUUGAAAUACAGAGCAUCAAAACCAAAGAAAACCCAACACGCCAUCACACCUUCACCUAAGUUUCCGCACCAUUAACUUAUUUUCUUUCUUUUGAAAGAAUUUAAUAACGUUCUCCUCUCAAUCCCACAACUCAGUCAGUCAGUCAGUCCACGAUCUCCAUCGAAGACCAGUCUACGAGGACCCAAGACUUGCCUUUCCCGUUUUCAGAGAAGUGGGGACUCAUCCUCCACUCAAUACUGAAGACUGAAUUCUCUCACUCUCAAUUCUCUCAAUGAUCAAGAGAGAAAAGAAAGACACGUCUCUCCAUUUAAUCUAGUUCUUGAUGAAUCCUUCUUCAGUUUCAGCUUCUCUGUUCAGUCAACAGGACUGCAAAUCCUCCAUGUUGAUGCAUGUGAUCUUUGAAUGAGAUAGAAAUGGGUUGUCGACACUCCAUACCCAAUUCAAUUGGUGUGUUCAUCUGCCUUCUCUGUUAUUUCUUCCGGGUCUCUUCUUUUGUCUUCGCUGCAUUUCACCCUGUGGACAACUUCUUGAUCGAUUGCGGGGGAGGCAAACCAUUACAAGCUGAAGAUGGUCGGACAUUCGAGCCUGAUUCGGGGAAUUCCAACAUGGGUUUAUCUGUAUCCCCGGCUUCUCGCGUUGUUGUUUCCGAAAAUAUAACUGCUCCAUUGAAUCUCUACCAAACUUGUCGGGUUUUUACAGAAACUUCAACCUAUACCUUCCGCAACAAGCAGGUCGGCCGUCAUUGGUUACGCCUACACUUUUAUCCGAUCGAGAAUCCCAGUUACAAUUUGAAAUCCGCCGUCUUCUCCGUUGUGGCAAAUGGGGUCACGCUGCUUCACGAGUUCUCCUUUGCUGAUUCAGGGAAACGCCCAUCUCGUCUUUGCAAGGAAUUCGUCACCCAUGUCGAUGUUUCCAGCUCCAAGGACUUGGUGCUCAUCCUCUCUCCGUCGAACGCUUCAGUGGCAUUCAUCAAUGGGAUUGAGGUAACAUCUGUGCCGGACGGCCAGUUUCCUUCCACUGCCCUUGCCAUUCCGACUGGCCCUUCUGUCGAUUUCCCAGCCCAUGUGACUCUGGAAACAGUUUACAGGCUCAACAUGGGAGGUCCGCUUGUAAACCCUAAGAAUGACUCGCUGUGGAGAGCUUGGGAGCCUGAUUAUCCAUUCCUCCUCAAUUCUGCUUCUGCCCGGAACGUUUCAGUUGAUCCCAGUUUCGUCAAAUACCCUGCUGGAGUAUCAGUUGAAAUUGCACCGAAUGUGGUUUAUGCUACUGCGCAAGAAAUGGCAGAUGCGAAUGUUAGUGAUCAGAGAUUUAACAUCUCAUGGGUGUUUAGAGUUGAUGGAGGCUUCACCUAUCUCAUCAGGUUGCAUUUCUGUGACAUUGUCAGCCAAGCUCUGAAUAAUCUGAUUUUCAACGUCUACAUUAACAACCAAUCUGCAUUGAACCCUUUCGACAUCUCAAAUAAAACGAUGGAGUUGUCUGCUGCUUACUUUGUGGACUUUGCUGCAGAUGUUUCCACGGGCUCAGAUCAGAUUUUGGUUCAAAUUGGUCCUCCUAGUCUGAGAAAUAUCCCAUUCAAUGCGAUCCUCAAUGGUCUGGAGAUCAUGAAAAUAAGCAAUUCUGAUGGCAGCCUUGAUGUGUCUUCUCCUCCAGGUUUUGGUUCUAGGCGUUCCAAGAAGAAGGUAGUGGUGCUUGCCGUUGUGACUUGUGUGGCUGGAUCUGCAAUCUUAGCCCUCAUAGCCGCAGCUUUCUACUUGCAUUUCCAUAAAUCAAAGAAGCCCAAGAAGCACCCCACCUCUGCCUGGUUACCACUUCCUACCCAUGUGGGACAUUCAGAAUCCAAAGUAUCAACUGCUAGUUAUGCUUCAACAGCACCUUCCCUUGGUUUAGGCCGUGUUCUAUCAUUCUCAGAGAUACGUGAAGCAACAAAGAAUUUCGAUGAGAACUUGGUCAUUGGCGUGGGAGGCUUUGGAAAGGUUUACAGAGGUGUAUUAGACAAUGGAGUGGUUGUUGCUAUAAAACGUGGCAACCCAAGAUCCCAGCAAGGAUUGACAGAGUUCAGGACAGAAAUUGAGAUGCUGUCCAAGCUACGGCACAGACACCUCGUUUCUCUUAUAGGCUUCUGUGAGGAACUCAAUGAGAUGAUCCUGGUCUAUGAGUUUAUGGCAGGAGGGCCCCUAAGGAAACACUUGUAUGGUUCUGACCGCCCACCACUUACUUGGAAACAGAGGCUUGAGAUUUGCAUUGGGGCAGCAAAAGGUUUGCACUACCUUCACACUGGUGCAGCUGAGAGUGUAAUCCACCGUGAUGUCAAGACAACCAAUAUCCUGCUCGAUGAAAACCUCAUAGCCAAAGUAGCAGAUUUUGGUUUGUCUAAGUUAGGACCGACAUUGGAUCAGACUCAUGUAAGCACUGCCGUGAAAGGGAGCUUCGGGUAUCUUGAUCCAGAAUACUUCCGUAGGCAGCAAUUGACAGAAAAAUCCGAUGUUUAUUCCUUCGGAGUGGUACUAAUGGAGGUAUUAUGUGCUCGUCCAGCAAUUAACCCGACUCUUCCCAGAGAACAGGUCAACAUAGCUGAAUGGACCAUGCAUUGGCAAAAAAAGGGCCACCUUGAGAAGAUAAUCGAUCCCCAUCUUGUGGGACAUGUGAACCUUGACUCCCUACGCAAGUUUGGGGAGACAGCAGAGAAGUGUUUGUCUGAAUACGGCAUUGAGAGACCAGCAAUGGGAGAUGUUCUCUGGAACUUAGAAUAUGCUCUUCAGCUGCAAGCGGCUUCCUUGCAAACUGUAGCUGAUGAAAACAGCACAAAUUACAUCCCAGAAUUACCAGAAUGGAUUCCCCACAUCGAGGCUGCUGAUUGUGAUUCUGCUGAUAUUGUCAGUGAUCCGGGGUCUGACGCAGCAACAACAAGCGCAGUGUUUUCACAGUUGAUGAAUCCAAGGGGCAGAUAGUAAGGGAGUUUCAUAGGGGGUGAUGCUUUCCUGUGUAAUUUUGGAAUAUCAAUGUCUGUUUUACAGUUUUUACUGAAUUUUGAGAAUUUUCUAUUCUCUGUAUCUUAAACCCAGUCCAGUUGCCACUUGUUGCAGAUUCUUGUGAUGAGAUGACAAUCCAAGUAGUAAUUGAAAUACUAAUCCGAUCUUGUCAUUUGGCUUUAGUGAAGGGUUCAUCUGUUUGUAAUUUGCUUGGUUACUAAAAUAAUUAGUAACUGGACUUUUUUUUACCGUCUGAGAACAAUGUGGCGCUAUAAUGGAGUGUGUACUGAUAUAAUUUUGCAACAUAGUUUAAACUUCCCUUUCUUCA